AUGGUGAGAAGGGGUAGUGAACCUGACCUAGGGUUUCACAUCCUCGACAUUCCACAUCACAUCCUCUUCGAUAUCAUGCUCAAACUACCUGCUGUAACCCUAAUUCGAUGCUCUUCCGUUUGUUCUCGAUUCAAAUCCAUCGUUUCCGAUACUUCCUUUCAACAAUCCUAUUUCUCAAAAGCCCCAAUUUCGUUCGUUGUUCUUUCCGAUCACAAUUCCCUCACCUGUAUCGAUUCAUCUGAUACUCAAAUCCAAUCCGUUCCCAAUUCGUAUCAUGGAUCGUCUUGUAUGGCCAUGCAAUUGCAACCGUCUUAUUCAUCCGAUUCAAAGCGCAGCAAAAACACCACCACCACAACCGCCACCGCCACCGGAACCCCAAUUCAUCUCGCGCAACAACGAUCGGUUAACAGAAGAACCAGGUUUGUUACGUUUCAUAUCAAUCGGCGAAUGAAUUUGAUCAAUUCUAGCAACGGGCUUUUGUGUUUACGCGCUUCUAAUUAUCACUCUCGCUCUCUUUAUUAUGUAUGUAAUCCUUUGUUGGGUGAGGUUCUUCCUGUUCCUCCUGCCCUAAGUGCUGCAGAUGAAAAUCUCCGUUUUUCGGCUUUUGGGUUUGAUCCCAAAAAGAAGAAUUUCAAAAUUAUUCAGCUUGUUUCGAAAUUGGAUCAAAUGGUGGCUGAAAUGUACCAAUCUGAUUCAAGGGUUAGCACAUGGACUGUGAUUCCAAACGCUCCCUCUGUAAAACCUAGGUCCAAAAAUUGUUCCUUUGAUCCCUCAUUCAACGGUGCACUUCAUUGGGUCACUGAGGAUACCGGUUCUGAAUUGAUAUGUUCGUUUGAUCUCAACAGCAACACAUUCAGUUCCGUGCCACCACCGUCGCACUUCGACGAGGAAUAUGUGAGUAAGAUCUCAGGAAUCAGUGUUGGUGUGUUAAAAGGUUGUUUGUGUUUGUGCUAUGUAAUCGAGGGUGCGAAGUUUGAGACAUGGUUGAUGGAGAAUUAUGGUGUGAAAGAGUCAUGGAGAAAGGCAUUCGGUAUUGAUAUAAAGUCCUACUGUGGAUUGAGUCCACAGGACAAGCACAGACCAAUUGGAUUCAACAAUUGUGGAGAUAUGUGGCUCAGAGCUGAUUCUGAUUCACAUUUACAUUCCCAAUGUCUGGUCUCAUUUUGCCCUGAAACUGGUGUGUUCAGACACAUUGAUAUUGGGGGCGUUGCAUCAAAUGUUCAAGCCACUCCUCAGGUUUUGAGCUAUGUUUCGAUCAAGCAAAUGGUGGAUAUUCGGCAUAGACAACUCCAGCUGCAGUCAUUGAAGCCAGGCAAAAACCAUCAUCCUCUUGGUUUCAAUAUGUUUCUAAUGGGAAACUUUAGAUAG